CUUAAAAAAGUAAAAUUUCUCUCUUUUUGUCCAAAAAUGUGAAUAGAAUGACAUCUUUGUCUUUGUACAGCCUGUUCAGGUUGAUAAAUAUGAUAAAUUCACAUUAAAAAAAUCACAAUUCAGCAUAACAGAACUUAUAAUGUUAACCAAGAGUGGCUGAAUUUGCCUUUACUUUGAUGCUUUUACAAACAUUAGCCCUUAAAAUCACAUAUUAGUACAACAUGUAUCCUACUUUUUAAUUACUAUCCACCAUGAUUGAUGUAAGCAGGGGCGUAUCUAGACUUUCUUGGUAACUGGGGUGGCCAAACUAGAGGACUGACAAAUGCAGGGGUGGAAUAAAGUUUGUCUCCACACUUGUAAAAAUAAUCAAUAGCAGUGUUUCCCCUACAUUCAAUUAAUUCAAUAACAUGCGCCACUACUGAAAUUUCACAUGAUCGUUAGUAUUAAUGCGCCACUAAUGAUUUCUACUGGCACUGUGUUAGCACGACAACACACAACAUUAUUUUCGACUUGUUUUGCGUUGUCAACGAACGCAUUAAACCCUGUCGGACCCUCUUCCAUCAAUGUGAAAGGUAACGUUCAAGCUUACACGCAAUCUAUAGAUCUAUAUAACGUAAUGUGACGUGAAUGUAACAGCGUAGCUCCAUGAGUGGGGGUAAUAGCGACCCUGUGCAUACAACUAGGAGUACCAAAAGAAGGAUAAAGGACAACAAUGGUGCAUUCCAGUUGUCCUUGUAGGUUGGAAUUUAUGAGCUCUGGGUCGGAACUUUCAACUGGAACGAACACGGUCUGAUUUCCGACUCGGAAAGUCGGAUGAUCAACACAGCCCCCGAGUUGACUUUUAAAGAUGAGGGCGCCAGUUGUAAACUGUAAAUUGAAGCUCCUGUUAUAAUCCUUUUAUUAACACUUUUUAUUAUUUGUUGUCGCAAUAAGUCAGCCUGAGGCUCGGGCUACAAAAGUGUUAUUAGAUGUAUAUUUAUGGAAAUGCUGUCAUAGUGUAAUUUACAUUUUUCAUGUGUAUAUGCGAACUACAAAGCCAGUUCUAACAGUGGCUAACAACGGCUAACCAAAGCCUGGUAGUUUCAGCCAUUUUCAUGACCGAUCAAACGGCGAUAGAUACUUUUUAUAAAUAAUGUAAUACUUAUAAAGAAAAAACAGGCUACCUUCUGCGCCUUUGUGUUGCCUCCUCAUCCACCGUAUUCGCAUGUCGCAGAAGGAUCGCAAAUUUGUCCCGAAGUUACUUAUAUUCGGACUACAUCUACCAUCUUGUUUCUUCCUCCGAUUUUGAUUUUUUCCGACUCGGCAACUGAAACGAUGGUAACUCGGGUGCCGCGUCAUUCCCAGCUCCGACAUCUGACUUCCGAGGUAACUCGAAUGCACCAUACGUGUCAUUUAAAUGCGAAGAGAACAACCGAGAGCUUGUUCCAACAUGGUCAAAAUAGUUAAAUCUCAAUCGCAAAUACUCGGUUUUUGAUUUUGGGCUCAUGUUAUCCCUUCCACCCCUGUCCCAGUGUUACACACAAUAAAGCUAGAGGUAGCAUUUGCAACUGGUAGGCAAACAUUCAUCAACUAAAAAAACACUCCAUAAGUGUGCUUCAAGAUUAAACUAAAGAUUAAAUAUUGGUUGACGUCAUGUGGUCUGUGGAUUCCUGGGAAAGCCGAGUAUAACUGCAACAUGGUGGCCUACAAGGCAGUAACGUAACCUAAAAAGAGACUUUCACUGACCGUGUGUGUGUGUGCAGAUGUGUGUGUGUGUCCAUUUUCCACGCCCAUGCUCUCUCUGUCAGUUUCCCGGCCGCCCCCGGGACAUUAGUAGCAUCUUUACAAGAGCAGAAGGAGGAGGAGGAGGAGGAGGAGGAAGAGGAGGGAGUGAUAAAGGGAAGACAGGAAAAGGAUGAAUGGACGGAUGUACAGGGGUUUAAAUAGACUCUACCUCAUGUUGUUAUAGAUAGUGUAAAUGUUUGGCGUUUGACGGAUUAAAUACGCACUUUCAAGGGUAUGGAGGGGGUCAGCUGGCCUAAACACAACCUUGUUAUCUUGACCACGCUGUGCUGAACAUGGCGACCAAAAGUUGAGCAGGAAUCAUGUGGAUUUCAAAUAAAGCUUUCCCGACACCUCCAUACUGGACUUCCAUUUGCACUCACUUCUACCUCGGCUCACUGCUGAGUUCAGGAGACGCCCAUUUGUUUCUACUAAUCAUCAGCUAGGCCUUUCUCCUCUUUAUAAUCAGUUACAGCUGCUCUAUCCCCUCCUCUUCCUCGCUCUCUCUCUGUCCUAUAAUGACAACUUAAUGAGGGACAACCAGCGACUCCCAGCAGGGGGCUAAACACCAGCUAGCAGAUAACUAACACUCAUUGAACCUACACACACACACAGUGGAGUCAAGUAUUACUCUGUUCUUUUGGACUCGCAGUGAUACCACUAACUCUGCAAAGUUCACGCUAGGUUAGAGGGAUCUGAGCCGUACUCCCCCGAGAGUCCUCGAUUAUAAAAUCCAAUCAUCCCAUCCGCCUCUACUUUAAUUUACUCUCUUUCAGCAAAAGGUUCUGGGCGGAGACUUUUUCAACAAAGUGUGCGGUCAUCUCAAGCUGCUGGAGAAGGAGUACUUCGGGUUGGAGUUCAGGCACCACGGCGGCAGCUACGUAAGGAAAUCGUACCAGAACAAAACCCUAAAUUACUGAUUGAUUUGCUGAUUUUAACGUGUUUCCGUCGCAGGUGUGGUUGGAGCUGCUGAAGCCGCUUGCUAAACAGAUUAAAUGUAAGUCAAAGGAAACAAAUUUUUAUCUGCAUUUCUUCAUCAUCCGCCUCUAACAGAUGUUUUCUUUCGUUUCCGCCAAGACACCAAUGAUCUGUUCUUCAGGUUUAUAGUGAAGUUCUUUCCACCGGACCCUGGACAACUAAAGCGAGGCCUCACCAGGUAGCAAUGCCCGUCAUAAAUACUCCAUACACUGCACAAAGGUAUAUCUCAUCGUCUAAAAUGUCAUCUUUGUGUGUUUGUAGGUAUCUUUUUGCCUUACAGAUGAAGCAGGACUUGUCUAACGGCAGUCUGACCUGUCACGACAACAGUGCCGCCCUGCUGGUCUCACAUAUAUUGCAGUGUAAGCAUUCCAACACUUCUGCGUCGCCUCAUAUCGAAGUGUUCUUUACUUGAUUGCAAACUUGAAGUACCUGCUGGUGUGUUGCAGCAGAAAUAGGGGACUACGAUGACGAGCUGGACUGUCAGCACUUGGAGAUGAAGCAGUACGUCCCCAAUCAGGAGUAUAUCGACCACAAGAUCAUCAAGUUUCACAAAAAGCACAGGUACACCAAAGGAGAUCUUUAGCAAUCAUCCAUCGCUGAAUUCUUAAGGUUGAGUCUGUGCUUGAUUCCGGGUCCUUCUUGUUUCUCUAGAGGUGCAUCUCCUGCAGAAUCGGACAUCCACCUACUGGAGGUCGCUAGGAAGUUGGACAUGUACGGCAUCAGGCCUCACCCUGCCCACGACGGGGAGGGGAUGAGGAUCAACCUGGCUGUCACACACUCUGGAGUUCUGGUCUUUCAGGUAGGUGGUUGAUGGUUUCAAAGCCAUCUAUGCAGAUGAGUUUUUCCUUCAGUUGGCAAGGAUGGCUAAUUUUUUUUAUGAUGUAAGUGCUGAAAACUGAAAUCCGGACCAUCAGUACCUGAUAUCAAGGCAAGAUAGGCGCAAGGGUAGAGAGACACUCUUGACUACCAGGUUGUUGUUGAUGUAUUUAAAGUGUAUGGAUGUUUAAGGACUGUUGUCUUCUCGCACUUUUUAGGGGAACACCAAAAUCAACACCUUCAGUUGGGCCAACAUCCGAAAGCUCAGCUUCAAGCGGAAACAUUUCCUCAUCAAACUCCAUGACAAAGUCGGGGUAAAAAUCAAUCGUUUACGUUUUCUGAUGGGUUGACAUGAGUUGUUAUGUUCACGACUUUAUGUUCAUGUUGUUCGGUUUCUAUCCAGCCAUCAGGUAAGGACAUAUUAGAGUUCUCCAUGGCCAGUCGAGAUGUCUGCAAGUCCUUCUGGAAGAUGUGCGUAGAGUACCACGCCUUCUUCAGACUGGCAGAGGAGCCGCAGGCAAUCCACAAAACUCUGCUGUCCAGUAAAGGAUCCAGUUUUAGAUACAGGUAAAGCACACAGAACUGUCUGGUUUCCCCGAUGUUCGAAAGGUUUUAGCUCAAGCACAAAAUACUUAGCCUAAAAAACGACUGCCAACACUAUUGUUGCUCGGCACUGCACGAUUCCGUGGUCUUGCAAUCUCAGUGCCCAUUUUAAUUCAUACUUUAACUGAAUACAGAUCAACUUUUCACAGUUCUAGAAAUGUAUUUUGCCAAGCCGAGGCUUCUGUAUUAGGCCUGUUUACAUAUGCCUUGACUGCACAAGUGGGCUCCAACUUGGCAUGUCCCACAACAGGGACUUCCAGGGGCCACAUGAGCAACUGAAGUAAACAAACUGAGCUCUAAAUGGGAAUACCACACAUUUAGCAAUCAUGGGUUCUCCCAAGUGAACCACAAUAAACCCAUAUAGACCCAGUAUGAAGCCCACCUACAGUUCUCCCCCAAGAAACACGAGACAAAACUAGCUAAGUCCAAAACGAGCAGCCCUUGUCUGAUUGGAUAGUCAGUGUUGCUUUCUUUAAAUAUUAAAUGUGCUUUUUUCUGUGGCAGUGGUCGGACCCAAAAACAGCUACUGGAGUGCAUGGGAACAAGGGAGAAGAAGACUACACACUUUGACCGGUAAGAAAACCCCCCCCUCUGUCAAAGAGUACAAUGAUUCCGCGAUGUACCUCGAUGCGAUGGAGUUUAAUGAUGAGGUAUGUUAAACCAAGACAUUAAAGUUCGUAUCUCAUUUGACCAAGGUCCAAACUGUGUAAUUGUGCUAGCUUGACAACCAUUGUGAAAAUGUUAAGUCAUAUGUUGAUGAUGUCUCCCAUUCAGGACCUACUGCCAGUCCGACUUUGACCCCAGACACUGUCGUUCUUCUCCUGAUCUUCUGACGGAUGUCUCAAAGCAGGUAAGAGAAAUGACUAUCCACCAGUUCUCAGCAUAGACGAUGCAACCAAGAUAUCUAGUUUUGUCCAAAUAAAGGUUACAAGCGCAUUUGUCGAUCUUACCUCCUCAGUUGUACGAGCACCCUCAAGACUUCCUUCGAUCCGGUCAUGCUUUGGGGGUCCACAGUGAAGAUGAGAUGGAUCCAUAUCGCCAAGGCGUUGAUGACAUAGAAAUGGAUGGAGGCGGAGCUGGACGCUUCCAAUCAUCCUAUGAGUACCCACCCAGGACUCGCCCUUUCAUCCGAGUCACCCCACUGUCUCCGUCCCCUCACCAGUUUGCCCCCUCUCCUAAGAUGAGAUGUGCCUCUACAUCCGUGAUGGACGACGUGAGGGGGGGACGGUUAGGGGCUUACCGCCAAGCCCAAAGGCUGGCUGGCGUCUACGGCAACCGGUCACGACGUCGUCCCAACCCGCAGCCGCACCCAGAUGCCGCUCAGCAGUUGGUUCUGCUCUACCCGAAUACUCCUGCCUACCAUUAUCACCCAGUUCUCCCAACGUUCCCGUUAGUAGGUGCCUCACCCCUCAGCAGACAUCCAUACUUAUCGGAUUACGUCGCGGUUUCCUCUCUGGAGCGUUUUCCACAGCCGAGGAGGAGGGAAUAUGUGCCAGUGGAUGGCUUAUCUCGGCCGACUUUCUACCCAUUACGACACGACUCCCCGUCCAUGUCGCCAAUACGGAGAAACCUCCGCCCCUCAGGCUCAGGUGGGCUGGGAUUGUCGAGGUUCUAUCACCCAGGAAGCAAUGGGGCAAGACUGAUGGGUGUCGGACACGAGGCGGGACAUUACAGCGAUGAUUCAAACUUCCUCCCAGGACUGCCUCGCCGUGUUGCCAGCCAACCAGACGUCAAGUUUCACCUAUCGAGGAGUGCCAACCCUGCUUUUAAUCCCGCCUCUGAAUUCCGUCCCCUUGGUUACUACCCUCACCUGACGCGCCCCUCUAGACCUACAUACCUCCCGUUAAACUCCUCCCCUUUACCCGAACGACCCGCCUCACUCUGCAUGUUUGGCGGCUCUGCAGGAGGCUACAGUGAUUCAGAACCCGAGGUUUUCUACCCGUACUACUGCCCACCACCCCCAAUGGAGAAAAUGGUUCGGUCUGCUGGACUCGCCAGGAUGAGGUACUCGUCUGGGAGCCUCCAACUGGAUGAGGAAGAAGAGGAGGAGGAGGAGGAAGAAACUGUGGAUGGAGCAGCUAAGGAGAAAGAACAAAAAGAGUCAAAGGCUGAAGAAGAGAAGAAAGACGAGACUGAAGAAGGAGACAAGACGAAAAGUCCUGCGAAGGUUACCGAAGUCACACUAUAGACGGAGACGAAAACUCUGUGCAGGACUGCAAAGGUUCAGAGUCUCAUCAAGUGAAAGCAAAGUAGACAGUCGUGGUAAAAGUAUUAGCAUUACUCGUACAAGUGAGAUGUUUUGAGG